GCCAUUUAUUUAAUCAAGCUCUAAAUACAGCGCGUUCUGGAUCCAUGGUAAGAAGUGACGUCACGGUGCGAAGUGACAUUCCAGCCAUUUGCAUAUGACCGCCUCCAGCACAAGACAACUACGCUCAUUUCGUAUCGUUGUCACUCCGCGCGCCUCACAAGUGUUCAGUCGACGGACAGCGAGUUGGUCUGUGUACAGGAAAAUUACAAUGCCACGCAGAUGUGCUGUUCCUGGCUGUGGACAAACAACAUCUUUGAAUACGCUGCCGAAAGAUCCUAACGUCAGGGAAAAAUGGAUGCAGUUUACUUUUUGCGGAGGUCCCAGUCACGGCAGUGCUAAUUAAAGUGUUUGUUCUAUACAUUUUGAGGAUGACAAAUACCAAUAUGAUGCUGGCUUUGUCAAAAAACUGUUGCUCAAAGACAAGGCCGUGCCGACUAUUCUGUGCUCAACAACGACGACGCAAACUAGACCGCCAUGUUCACGCCCCAUAUCAAAAGAUGUUGGCUGUCAAACUGACCAACCCACUAAUACAUCUGUGGGCACACAGCUGUCGUUUCGAACCAUGAGACCCAAGUGUCGUAGCAAAGAAACACAAACGGAGCAGUUCUCAAUUCUUUCAAGUGGUGAUGUCGCCAUACCCUGGACUACUUCACAUCAUUUUACUUCAACACCUUUAAAAGAUGAAAAGCCUUCCAAAAGGUGUCGCUUUGAAUUGGAGGAGGAAGAAAGUGUGUCUUUUGAAGAAGUCUGUGACACUCAGGACGUAACAUAUGACCCUGCUCAGUCUGUCACCAGUGUGACUGAACCAUCAAAGCAUUCCAUGUACACAUCCAAAGCCUCUCAUGAAGACACCAAAUAUAUUGUGUUUGAAAACUGUCUUCUUGAACUGUUUGAGACCUGUCCAGUAUGUUCAAGAGCCUGCAAUAUUCAGCCUCGUAGCAAUGGGACUUUUUUGGCCAUUGAUCAACGUUGCCAGCAUUGUGAGUACUUCUGACAGUGGAAGAGCCAACCCUGAGUUGGCAGUACCCCUGUUGGUAACCUCCAGCUGUCUGCUUCCCUGUACUUCUCUGGAGCUUCAUUCUUCCAGAUGAAAAAGGUAUUUGAGUCAAUGCAUUUGAAGAUGUUCACAUACAGAACCUUCAGAAGGCAUGCCAGCAUGUACCUGGAACCACUUAUAAUAUAUAUGUGGAAGAAGGAACAGGUGGAUUUAGUGAAGGAUCUCUGUGAGGCGGACAAGGUGAUAAUUGGUGGCGAUAUGAGAGCUGAUUCCCCAGGCCAUUCAGCAAAGUAUGGGAGCUACACCACAAUGGAUCUUCAAAAGAACCUCAUAAUAGACAUCCAGCUAGUGCAAGUCGGUGGUAGCUACCACAUGGAGAAAGAAGGGUUAAAACGAAGCCUGGAAUGGCUGGAGGAAUGUGGUGUAAGGCUAGACUGCAUUGUGACAGACAGACAUCUCCAGAUUCAAAAGUUUCUGAAAGAAAGAAAUGUCACACAGUACUAUGAUGUCUGGCAUUUGGAGAAAGGGUUGUCAAAGAAGUUAGAGCAAAUUGCCAGAGACAAGGACUGUUCAAUAGUGAAAAAGUGGCAGCACAGCAUAAGAAACCAUCUCUACUGGACUGCAGCAUCCUCUACAUCAGGACUAGAGAAGGUUCAAAACCACUUUACAGAGUCGAAAAGGUGCUGAUUAACAACAGAGUCCUCAAAGAUGUAGCAAAGCUCAGCCCUCACUUCCAGACCUCAUCCUUGGAGGCCUUUCACAGUGUUAUUUUACACUUUGCCCCCAAAAGUGUGGUAUUUCCUUUUAUUGGAAUGCUGUGCAGGUUGUAUUUGGCUGGCAUGCAUUUCAAUGAAAAUUCUAACCGUCCAAAGGCUACUAUACCAUCUGGAAAGCCAAUGUACAGACUUUUGUUCCCCAAGGCUAAAAAAGGAUUGUACACCAUAAAACCAGUGACAUCCAACCCAACGUACUGCUACGUCUACAAUCUGAUGACACUGCUUUUUGAAAAGGUUCUGCCAGAUCCUUUUCCCUACAUGGAGGAACUGCAAAAAAUUAAAGUGCCUGACAGUCUAUGCACACAGUAUGACAGACCUUCAUUGGAGGAGGCCAUUGCUGAGCACGUAUCAAGGUUUAGUCAAGGGGCAGUUUGAAUCCGACAUAGCUGCCUUACGCAUCUGGGAAUUUUUGCCGUAUACACAAGACAACACAUGAUGGUAUUACAACCCUGAUCUUUCUGCCUAGAUAGCCCCAGCACCAACUGACAAAGCUUAUGUAAGCCAAAUGCCUGUAGCGCCUGAUGGAAACAGAGAAAAGACAUUUCAAAUUAUACAUUCGGGGGGCAAAAGAUUGAAUAAUUUGAGUUUAUUGAAUGUAACAGGUGGUUUUUAGGCUAUCCUGGGUUUUUGUUUUGGCAGGCCUAUACCUGUCUGGCGCCCGAACAAGUUGAAUUAAAUUUAUUUAUCAUUUACCAAAGUUAACCGCAAAUUGUUCUCUGGGGCCCACCACCGUUACAGAGUGGCGCCCGAACAGGGACCUUGAACCCACAGAUCAAGUGUGAAUUAUGACUUAAAUGUGAAAAAAAAAAAAAAAAAAUCAGACUGUUUGUGUUUUUUUUUUUGAAUUUGGGUGUUGAUUGAUUUUUUGAAUUUGAACUUUUUUGAAAAGUUAUUUGAAUGUUUUUGUUUCCUUUUUUCACUUGAAACAAUUGUGUGAGAAAAUUGAAAGUUUGUAUCUGUAAGAAAUUACUAAAUGCUAAUAUUGGUGGAACUGUUUAUUUAACCUUUUUGUUUAUUAUUUUGCCCCUAUUGAAUAUUGUAGUUUGUUAUUUUGUCCCGGUUUGUUAAUUUCCCUUUAACAUUUACACACUCAUUUACUGAUUUUACUUUACACAUAGUUUAUACAUCAAAAUGACCUCCACACCCUCCCCAUCAACCUCCACGUGUGUGGAUAUUGAGGUCCCUGAAGUGGACACGCCCAUGUGGGAAAGAAAAGAGAAGAUUGAUCAAUCAAAAGAGGUAUCCAUAUCUACACCCAUCUCCCUCUCUGCACCCCCCAGCCCAGAAGUGCCAACCACCACAUCUUCUACUGCUACGGCAGCAAAAAGUGACCAUCUUCGACUAACGUUCCCCACAUUUGGAAGGCCAUCUGAUGACGCAGACCCUUUAAAUUAUUUAACUCGAUGUCAGGACUUUUUGGCCUUACACCCCUUAUCAGAUGUGGAUCUUCUGGCUACUUUUCGCACAGUCUUACAUGGAACUGCACGUGACUGGUGGGAAGUUGCUCGCUCUUCUACUUUCUCCUGGACUGAAUUCGAAGCUGCUUUCCUCUCUGCUUUUCUUUCAGAGGACUAUGAGGACGAGUUAGCCGAGCGAGUCAGGACUAGGACUCAAGGAGAACGAGAACCUAUUAGAGAUUUUGCCUUUUCCUACAGAGCAUUGUGCAAGAGAUGGAAGAGCACAUUAACAGAAUGCGACAUUGUAAAAAUGAUUUUAAAAAAUAUUAAACCUCACCUUGCCAGUCAACUACGCAGUCGAGUGUCUACCGUGGAAGAAUUGGUGAAGCUAGGUCAUCAAUUGGAAAAGGACUAUGAGCAGCAACUCCGGUAUGAUGGAGGAUCACACCCUAAACAACAGCCUAUACUGCCCAGACCUCCAGCGAAUCGCUCUAUGGACAAGUCCCAAGUUCAGUGCUGGCGGUGUAAAGGACAUCAUUCCCCAGGGAACUGCCCUUAUUUUACAUCUCUUUCAAGUCAACCAACCCAUCAGUCUCAACCAUCUCACCAAAAACGACCACCCCAAAAUCUAAAACAGGGGGGAUUACCCUCCCACAGCACUGUCUCAGCCACUGCGGCAUCACUUCUUGGAGACGUUCCACCGUUCCAAUCUAUUACCUCCAGUCUGAGAACUAACCAGGUUGGUGACAACCAACAAUUCACAGUACCCCAACAGCUAGUAGUCCCCAUCACCAUCGGCACCUGGAAAGGUAAAGCUAUCGUGGACACUGGAGCUAGCUAUACUCUGAUACAUGAGAGUCUAUGGAAGGCUCUUAAACCCCAAGAUAGUCUCCAUCCAUGGAACUUGGGGCCUCUAUACCUAGCAAACGGCGAGGCUGAAGUUCCCCUGGGGUGGAUAAAGGUGCAGAUUACCCUACAUAAAACAAAGACUUCUAUGAAGGCUGUAGUGCUUACCUCCACAUCCCUUACUUAUGUAGCAGUGUUGGGAUUAGAUUUCAUUUUCCUGAGUGGCCUCCAACUUAAUGUCGCAGACAGAAAAUACUCCUUCAAAUGUGCUCCUGAGGAGGAAUACUACUUCCAACUGGGACAAGCAAGUAUACCUGCCAGUAGAGAUCCAUGCCAACGAGCAUCAAAGAAGUCUAGGAGUUCCCAACACAAUCUUUCAUUACUAAGUUCUGUUCCUCCUCCUCAACCUCUACGGGCAUCUCGAGAUGUGGACCCUACUGUUACAGAGGAUCAAGUAUUAAUUGACAAUGCAUUAAAAGAAGCAACUUUACCCCACGAUGAAGAAAUUCAGCUACGCCACCUCUUGGAGUCCCAUCGAACAGUGUGUACUCGCCGACCUGGACGUACAACUGUUCUUCAGCACUGUCUGUACACUCGUCAUCCCGUACCCAUUAAACAACGACCAUAUCGGCUCACACCAGCAAAGCAAGCCAUAGUAAAGGAACAGAUUGAAGAAAUGCUAAAAGCUGACAUCAUAGAACCCUCUUAUUCAGCAUGGGCAUCACCAGUUGUCUUAGUCCCCAAAAAAGAUGGAAGUCUCAGGUUCUGUGUUGAUUAUAGAAAGAUCAAUGCUCUCACUGAGAGCGAUGCAUAUCCAAUUCCUAACAUCACAGAGAUCCUCGAGUCACUUUCUGAUGCAGCCAUUUUUUCAACUUUAGACCUUAACUGUGGUUAUUGGCAGGUACCCAUGGAUCCUGAGAGCAAGUCGAAGACUGCCUCCAUCACCUCUGGGGGGUUGUACCAUUCCUUUUGGUCUGAAGAAUGCCCCAGCCACUUUUCAAAGGCUGAUUGAGCAAGUCCUGAAAUAAUUGCUUGGAAAAAUAUGUUUCGUCUAUAUUGAUGAUAUCAUUGUUUAUUCACCAUCUAUGGCCCAGCAUUUCCUGGACAUCCAGAGCAUCCUUCAACAAUUGCAAACAGCUGGGUUGACAUUAAACCUAACAAAAUGCAAGUUUUGUCUUCAUGAGAUCACCUUCCUUGGUCAUGUAUUGAACGGACAGGGAAUUACUGCUGAUCCAAGUAAGGUGGAAGCAAUCCGCACUUAUCCAGUGCCACAUAAUCUUAAAGAAGUCCAGCGCUUCCUAGGAUUGGCGGGGUGGUACCACCGAUUUGUGCCAGACUUCUCCAAGAUCGCAGAGCCUCUCAACACCCUAAGAAAGAAAGGACACUCAUUUCAGUGGACGUCACAAUGCCAACAAGCUUUUGAGCAUUUAAAAUCAUGCCUUACGUCACCCCUAUCCUCGGACCCCCCGAUCUCCAACUACCCUUUACAGUGUACACUGACGCAAGCGACAUCGGCUUGGGUGCUGUAUUAACACAGCGCAAAGAACAAGGAGGUGAGGAAGUGAUAGCCUAUGCCAGUAGGUCUCUGAAUAAAGCAGAGAAAAACUAUUCUACCACCGAAAAGGAAUGUCUUGUUGUGGUGUGGGCUCUGGAUAAAUGGCAGCAUUACUUAGAACCCCAACUGUUCACCGUAAUCACUGACCACUCUGCAUUGCAAUGGGUGAUGAGCUCCACGAAGACAACUACAAAGGUUUGAUUUUGUGAUGGAGUACAGGAAAGGAAAGUUGAAUGUAGCACCUGAUGCUCUUUCACGAAGGUAUUACCUACCUGGAUGCAGUGUGUACACCAAUCAGAAAGAGGAGGCAGAGUUUCCAAUCACCCCUGAAAGCAUCUGGAAAGAACAACAUCAUGAUUAUGAAAUUAGGAAAAUAUUUCAGGCAUUAGCAAUGGACGAACUCGAUGUGAAGGAACAGUAUGCAGUAUUGGAAGACAAAUUGUAUCACACCACUCAUCUGGCCGAUGGUCGAGUCCGUUACCGUGUUGUCAUUCCUAGCAGGCUUGUACCCAAAAUUCUCCAUUAUUACCAUUCCAAUCCCAUGAGUGGACAUCUUGGAAUUUUCAAGACUUAUAAAAGAGUACAAGAUGUUGCCUACUGGUCUGGCAUGUGGGCGGAUGUAAAAACGCAUGUCAAGAGGUGUGUAACAUGUCAAACUCUCAAGAGUGACAACAAAAAACCAGCAGGAAAACUGCAACCCAUUACUACAUUGCCUACAUUGCCCUGUUCGGGCGCCACUCUGUAACGGUGGUGGGCCCCAGAGAACAAUUUGCGGUUAACUUUGAUAAAUGAUAAAUAAAUUUAAUUCAACUUGUUCGGGCGCCAGACAGGUAUAGGCCUGGCAAAACAAAAACCCAGGAUAGCCUAAAUACCACCUGUUACAUUCAAUAAACUCAAAUUAUUCAAUCUUUUGUUCCCCCCCCCCCCCCCAAUCAUAACUUGUAAUUACCAACAAUAGAUUUACUCCACACACUGCCAAAGAAAGUCACCACUGGUUUUAUUACCACCAAACAAUAAAAGGGAAAAAAUGAAAAGAAAAAUCACAGCCACAAUAAAAUAAACAAAACAAAAGAAAACAGAUUAAUAGAAAAUUUGAACAAUUUCAGAUGAGUCAAAUGUUCAAUUUAACUUAUUUUCUCUUUGUUCCAAGCAUAUAUUUUUAACCCAUAGUAAGUCAAUUAUGUCACAGUUCGUGGCAACAGGGCUUUCAGCAGUAAUUCACAUUUACAUUUUAAAUACCAAUUUGUUCAUAUAAGUAACACACUGAAUAAGCAGUUCGUAGGAGUAAGAGGAAAAAACAAAAUCAACAAAACCAUGUGUAUCAAUCAGGCUCGAUAACAGAAUCAAAACUAAAUAAAAUAAACAUGUAAGUGUGUGUGGGACUGAUUGCGCAUGUUGGACUGUUUGUUUCAGCUUCUCUCCCACACCUCUCACGACUGAACACUGGUGACGUUUUUUUUUUCUCCGUGUGUGAGCCUCACCCCUAUAUUUACUUCUUCCCUUAAUUGAUAUGCAUGCCUCCAGUUACGUCAUUGAUUUGUGAAAUCAAAAGUGAAAGUAAACAAGUGGCCCAUGGAGUUUUCCAUUCUGCCACAGGACAUUGCACCACAAUUGCCACAAGUGCACCUGUGAAUGUUUAAAGCAAUCAUAAAUGUAUUUGAUAUGACACCUAUUUAUGUAGAAUUGUCAUUUUAAGGAUAUUUACAAUAUUACUUUUAAUCACUGGCUAAU